UAUCUCUCUCUCUCAAUUUCUCUACUUCUUUUUCUCUCUAAUCUGCAACCAUGGCUGCUCAAGUGAUGCCUGAUCAGAAAACCCUCCAAGGCCUCCGUGGUUUAGACUUAGAAAGGGACAACGCCAACCCUCUCUCUCCCAAAAGACUGGAAGGGAAAAUUGCCAUUGUCACCGGCGGCGCAAGAGGGAUCGGGGAGGCUACGGUGAGGCUCUUUGCCCGACACGGUGCCAAGGUUGUCAUUGCAGACGUUGAGGAUACCCUCGGAGCUGCCCUGGCCAACUCUUUAGCUCCGGCCGUUACUUUCGUCCACUGUGACGUCUGCUCCGAAGAAGACAUUGAGAACUUGGUGGGGUCCACCAUCUCCCGGUACGGCCGCCUGGACAUCCUCUUCAACAAUGCGGGUGUUCUUGGAAAUCAGACGAAGCGGAAGAGCAUCGUGAAUUUCGACGCGGAUGAGUUCGACCAAGUAAUGCGCGUGAAUGUGCGUGGCACGGCGCUUGGAAUCAAGCACGCCGCACGUGCGAUGAUUCCGAGAGGAGGAGGAGGCUGCAUCAUUUCAACGGCAAGCGUCGCCGGAGUCAUGGGAGGGCUCGGGCCACACGGCUAUACAGCUUCAAAACACGCCAUCGUGGGGCUGACGAAGAAUGCGGCGUGUGAGCUCGGACGGUACGGGAUUAGGGUCAACUGCAUUUCACCAUUUGGGGUGGCGACGUCGAUGCUGGUGAAUGCAUGGAGGAGUGAGGAAGAACAGGAGGAAUGCAUGAGUUUUGGGGUUCCAUCGGAGCGAGAAGUGGAGAAGAUGGAGGAGAUCGUAAGGGGGUUGGCCAAUUUGAAAGGGACGACUCUUAGGCCUAAAGACAUCGCCGAUGCUGCUCUUUAUCUUGCUAGUGAUGACUCUAUAUAUGUGAGUGGACAUAAUCUUGUUGUGGAUGGUGGAGUCACCACUUCAAGAAAUUGUGUUGGCCUAUGAAAGUAUUUUGUGUAUUUUUUUACUAUAAAAUGUUUCAUCAAGUUGUUGCUGUGUUAGUGGACUCCCUAAGUGUUGUUUAUAAUUUUCAAUUAUAUGAGUUUGAAUUGACUCUUUUGAGUUCAAAGUUAAUUAAGUACUUUCAACAUC